GAAUUGCGGGGAGUUGUGGGAAGUUGUAGUUCUUACUGGGGUGUAAAAAAACGGGUGUUUUUGGAUGGCGUGGCUGUGGCCGACAACAGUCCACAAUAAACCCGAGUAAUAAUAAACUGGCUCUUUAUUGUACGUUACAAUACUUUCAGUUGUCGUGGUCAAGCCUGCUUAGUGACGUCGGCAGCAACUCUUUAACUUUACGCUGGUCUCGAGACCAUCCACGUUCAGGACAAUGGACCGUGAAGGCAUCGCAGAUAGUCCAGACGAGGAGAGCCCCUCGCCAGACAAGAUCCCCAAAAAUCAGAGAAGUCUGAAGAGCCUUCACAUGCUCGCCACGAGGUUUGUGGGGUUGCUACAAGAGGCUGAAAACGGCUUGCUGGACCUGAAAGACGCUGUUAGGCUGUUGGCUGUGGGUAAAAAAAGGCGUAUCUACGACAUCACAAACGUUUUGGAGGGCGUUGGUCUGAUUGUGAAAAUCUCCAAGAGCAUGGUUAAGUGGAAUGGCGCAGUGCUAGGAGAACAUGCUUUCAGGCUAACCAACAGAGUGAUUGAGCUGAGGGCAGAGCUGAAGGACUUGGAGCAAAAGGAAAGUAUGUUAGACCUGCAGAAAUUCUGGGUUGAACAGAGCACCACGAGCACAAAAGAAGACUGCAAUGAUCUGACCUACGUGAAUCAUGACGACAUCUGCAACUGUUUUAGCGGCGAUACUCUCUUGGCAGUACAAGCGCCACGUGGGACACAACUAGACGUGCCGAUUCCCAAAGCUGUCCAGAACUGCCCAGCAAAGUACCAGAUCUAUCUGAAAAGCAUCAAUGGGCCGAUAGAUGUUGUACUUCUCAACAAACUCACUGUUGACUCCGUUCCUGUCGUACUGCCAGUCCCACCGUCCAAAGAACUUUUACGGAACGCCAAAUAUGCAAUGUCCACUUCAGAUGAGACCGAAAGCAGUAAUAAACAUGCCGCCAAGUCUCGAAGGAUGAUCAUGGAGGACAUGCUGCACCUACAGUCGUCGUCACGUUCAAACACUGAGCCUAACCCAACGGAUGCAUCUGAAUUGCGAGAUUUAUCAAAAGAACUGCAGGACCUACUACGCCCAACCAAAGCAAUGAUGAAUGCAGAGCAGCUCAAGAAUCUUUUAGCCUCAGAAGGUUUUUCUCCCCUCCGUCGAUCUUCAAUCCCAUCUGAUCCAGAAUACAUUCACACUCUGGAUGAGAGUGAAGGCCUCUCUGACAUCGCCAUGCACAAUGUCUAACUGAAAUGUACAUAAUUGUCUGUUUUUUUUUAAUGAUUACUAUAAAUAAUAAAUGAAAUAAAAGCUUUUGAAUAUUAUAUCUACCUGAUUCAUGUACUGUGAAG